UUAAAAUCUGUUAUUAUCGUAUUAGAAACACGGAUGCAGAUAAAAAUUCAAUAGAUAUAUAUCUAAUCAUGGACUUAUAUAUUUGUACAAUUGAAACAGGAACUACAAUUUUUACAAUUGUUUUGAAAUAUCGACAAAACGGCAGUUACUGUAAAAUUGAUUUCUACAUCACCAUGGAGCCUGUAGAUAAAUAUGCUACUUGACCCGUUUGUCUUUGAAGCGUGUUAAAUUAGAUCAGAAGUGAAAAAAAAAAACAAAGUAAUUAGAAAGCGUAAAAAGUGUUUCAUGAAACGUUAAGAUCAACAAUUUACUCGUCUUCUGAAGACUACUAAAUAACAACACUAAUACAUAGAAAGAAAACACCUCAGCGUCAGAAUGAAGGUGGAAGAAACAGACUCGUCGCAAAAGAUUCUUUCAAGAGUCCCGAGUACCAGAUUCGAGAGUCCAGUUUCGUCGAAAUUUAAACUGAGCGGAGCAGGAAGGACGCGAAAGAUAGCGGGAAAGAACUUAACCUCAAUUCUUUUACGACAACGACAAACAUUUCACGUUAUAGAUAACGAUAUCGAUGUGACACCAAAAUUAUUAACCCAUCCAACGUUAAGCUCAAUCGACGAACGGCAGAUGACUGCAUUUGAAACAAUUGGAUUGUCUCAGGGUAGCGUAAGCGGAAGUCAAUUGCUGCCAUCCCCUUCCGGUUUGAGUGCCAUGAAAACAAGUUCAUUCUCGGUUGUCAGAACGUCUUCCGCGCCUCUUGGCUCGAUUCUAGAGGAUGAUGUACAUUUUGAAAGUUUAUUAUCCACUCAAACAGUGGAUUCCUCUGUUCGAGAUGAGGAUAAAGCACCUUCUCAAUUUUAUUUAUCUAGUAUCGAUCCAAACAUUUUUCCUACCCGACCAGAAACGGUGACGAUCAUUCUAAGGGAAACAGAGACGUUUUUCCUUUUCGAGAUGCAACCGCGUACUGGUGAUUUACACACGCCGGAAGGCAUGGCGAUUAAAGAAGAAAAUGAGAAUUACGAGUAUAAAACAGUUGGGCCUGGAUCAAACAGGAAAUUGGUAGAUUCCGAAACUCAGACGAUACAAGUGCUCACGCAAUCCCGAGGAACGUAUCUCACCCUACAGAAACGUAGAAACCAAGGCAUGUUCGUAAAUAAUUGGGUGAUCCACGACGUCUAUGCCGCGCCUGAGAUGAUGCUUAAGAAAAAUAAUUUAUUCGUAGUACACACGAAAGAAUCUAUGCAACAAUUGUUACAAGCAGAGGAAUUAAAGUCCAGAUUGCCAAAAAUGAAGAUGCAGUUAGGAACAAAUAUAUCUGAAGAGGAAUCAACGUCCAUGUUUCAAAGCACUAAUUUCUGGAACGCUGUGCGGGUGAUGGAACGUAUAAUAGCGAGCAAUAUAUUCAUCCAUGCUCAGAAACGUUUCACAGGUUUGAUCAAGCCGGAUCCCUGUAGCCUUGACUUAGAAUUCACCUACAGUUUGGAUCUUCUCUGGACUAAUAAUUGUGGAAUGAAUCACGGAAGGCCGGUGUCCGCUUUUCGUUGGAAUUACGUUAGAAAGAGCAUUUUAGCGGUCGGAUAUGGAGCAAAAGCGAAGUCUCAAACUGCGAACGGUCUGGUGUUGCUUUGGAGCGCAAAGAAUCCUGACAUCCCAGCUCGAUCUUACAUUUUCGAUAGUCCCGUGGCGGACAUUGAUUGGAGUCGGGAACGACCGAAUCUGCUGGCUAUUGGUUUGUACAGCGGCGAGAUCAUAGUACUCGACGCGAGCAGCAGAAAAAUGAACGUCGUGCGACGAAGCACGAAGGCGACAUCACCUUCGAGUUCACCACAGUGGCAAGUUCAAUGGUGGGUCAGUGACGAGCAGUUCGAGUAUCAGGAACAGAUCUAUACCUGCGAUCAAGACGGUGGUAUAUAUUGUUAUAGAUACGUUAAAGACUUCACCUCGACGAAGCUGAUGAAAAUCUUCAGAAUAGAAGGCACGCUACCGGGUGUUAACAGAACUUCCCAUUGCAAUAUUUACGACGCGACGUUCAAUCGAAGUCCUGGAGCGUUGGUGCUCCGUAGGCAUCCGACCUCUAGCACCCUUUACUUCGUCGCUUCGGACGAGGGCUGCGUUUAUAAAUGUUCCACGAAUUAUCUGUAUCAACACAUAGACAGUUUUCUGGCCCACGACGGACCGGUAUACUCGAUGAUGUUCUCCCCUUAUUGUCCGAAAAUCUUUUUAACCUGUGGCGCCGAUUGGUACAUUCGAGUCUGGGCGGAAGGGCUCACGGAACCAUUAAUCACGAUGUCUACGACGAUGGCCUGCGUUCGAUACGCCACGUGGUGUCCUAUUCAUUCUACAAUCAUCGCCAGUAUUGUUAACAACGAGAUUUGCAUAUGGGACAUUAAAAGGAAAACUCACGCUCCCUCGUCCAUUACGGUGUCACCUAACAGUGCCAGAUUCGUUAUGAUUGAUUUCACGUUAGACGGUAAUCAGCUGGUGGUGGCAGACGUGGAGGGUGUUGUGUAUGUUUAUAAUUUAGAGGGAAUGCCAUUUCCACCGUACAACGAGGAACAAGUGUUGAUCGAUUCGAUCGAGAAGGCAUUGAUCACGAAACCGAAUCUCUUGCAGAAGCUGAAGAAACUCGGACCACCGUUCAGCAAAUAAAAAGAGACUUAAAGUUUACUUUCCAGUGUUAUCGAGACGUUUUAUCAUAAAGCAGGUAUUAAGAUUACUUUAGUUAAUUUUUAAUAAAAUAAUUGAAAUAGAGAAGUGUAGAAAAUUUUAUUAGUUUCUCUGCUCAAGGUGAGAUGGCGGUGGCAGUACCGU